AUGGCGCUAAAAUUGCCCAUCUCAUUCCCAAUUUUCGCGCCACCAUUACCAAACCCUUAUCCUAACCCGAACGAACCCGCCCAUCGUCCGCCGACGGAGAUUAGAUUCUCCCGCUGGAACAACGCCAACGCCGAGAAAUUCAACCAACGCCAACGCGCCCAACAAGAAAUCGAAGACGAUAUCCGCCGGUACCGCCGCUUCGAUUCCGCCACCAAAAUUGCCAUCACGAUCGACCCCUCCUCCGCCAGUCCGCGACCAACUGAAACCUACAAAUCCUUAGGCUCACCGUCCUCUCCCUCCAAUCCUUCAAUUCCAGGCAAGAAAUCUAAGUACUCCAAACCCCCAAACCACCCGGCGUUUCGCAAAUUCUCCAAAACCGCAAACCCUCCGCCACCAACACCACUGGAUAAAAAACCUGCGAAUGUCUCCAUCGGCGACGAUGGCAUCUCUUUCGUCAUCGACGGCGCGCCAUUCGAGUUCAAGUACAGUUACACGGAGACGCCCAAAGUGAAGCCGAUAAAGCUAAGGGAACCGCCGUACUCGCCGUUUGGGCCUUCGACCAUGCCUAGACCGUGGACGGGCCGGGCUCCGUUGCCGCCCAGUAAGAAAAAGAUGAAGGAGUUCGAUUCUUUCGUAUUGCCUCCGCCUAAUAAGAAAGGGGUCAAGCCCAUACAGAAGCCCGGCCCAUAUUUGCCUGGGACAGGCCCAAGGUAUGUCCAGUCCAGGGAGGAGAUUUUGGGAGAGCCGUUGAAUGCAGAGGAGGUCAAGGAGUUAGUUAACGGCUGCUUGAAGUCAAAACGACAGUUGAAUAUGGGUAGAGAUGGUUUGACACACAACAUGCUAGAUAAUAUACAUGCUCAUUGGAAACGGCGGAGAGUUUGCAAGAUAAAAUGCAAGGGAGUUUGUACGGUCGAUAUGGACAAUGUGUGUGAGCAGUUAGAGGAAAGAACAGGAGGGAAGGUUAUUUACAGACGAGGAGGGGUGCUAUUCCUUUUCCGAGGUAGAAAUUAUAAUUAUAAAACUCGUCCUCGCUUCCCUCUUAUGCUGUGGAAACCUGUUACCCCUAUGUAUCCACGGUUGAUUCAGAAGGCCCCUGAGGGUCUAACAGUAGAAGAAAUGAGUGAGAUGAGAAAGAAGGGAAGGAAAUUAAUGCCAAUUUGCAAGCUUGCAAAGAAUGGGGUGUACUCUGACCUUGUAAAAAAUGUCAGGGAGGCAUUUGAAGAGUGUGAACUUGUCCGGGUUAAUUGUGAAGGGAUUAAGGGAAGCGACUACCGGAAAAUUGGUGCUAAACUUAAGGAGCUGGUCCCAUGCGUGCUAAUCUCUUUUGAAAAUGAAUCCAUACUAAUGUGGAGAGGACGAAACUGGAAGUCUUCCUUCCUGAAACCAGCAUUUAACUCAGGUGUAGAGGAAAGGGAUGCAGAGAAUGCAACUUCCAUCCUUGGACAGUUGGAAGGUCAAGAAUUAUCACCUGUGUGUGUCCAAGCAGGUUAUACAGAUCAGCCACUCAUGAUUUCUCAAGAAAUUAGCAUUGAGCAAAGGGAGUCCUCUGUUGAAAAGGACAGACCAAAUGCAGUUCUUGAUGCAAAGCCAGCUAAAAUGGAGACUAUUGAAUCAACAUUAGAUAGGAUAGAUUAUGCCAAUGAUGAGUCAGAAAGCAAAAGGAAUACCUCAGGAGGUGCAACUUUCUUUGGGGAUAUCAAAUGUGCCAGUAGCGAAUCUGAAACAAUGAGCAAGACCUACAGUCCUGAGCCAAUAUUGGAUAAUCCAGGUAUAGAAAAUGAAGAGCCAGUAGCUCUGCCAUUGGAAAGUGAUGUCAUGCCCAGAAGUUCCGAGAAUACUCUAAGCCAGUCAGAGUCUUCUGUUAUGGAUUCGCUGAAUCUUGACCAGCUAGAAGAUGUUGCUCAGGCUUCACAAGAUAUUAAUGGGCCAGCAAGAAAGACUGCACCUUGUACUGAGAGGGUUUUGCUCUUCAUGAAGCAAGCUGUUGAGAGUGGGAGUGCAGUUGUAUUAGAUGAUGCUACUUUGGAUGCUGACAUUAUAUACGAAAGGGCAGUUGCCUUUGCCCGGUCUGCCCCGCCUGGGCCAGUUUUUAGGCAUCAGCCUCGAAAGGUGGCUGUCCAAAAGAAUGGAAAGCAAGAACCUGCGAAUUUGGAAGUGAAAGAACUCAAAGCAGUUCCCAACAAGGGAGGAAACGAGAAGCAAGCCUCUAAAACUCAAAGAAUCAAAUAUAUAGAUGAACGUCAUCUGGACAUAGUACCACGAGGAAGCCUGGGAGUUGAUGAACUUGCUAAGCUAUUAGCUUAAUCCACAUUGGCGCUUUCAAAGGUGUAGUUAUUGUAUUUUAUAGCAUGAGAUUUUCCCUGCUUACAUACCACCCAAUUUUGUUCAUUGCAUCGGGUUCCAGGUUUUUGCCAUGCCCGUAGCAGAUAAUCUCCGUUUAUGGUAUGAAUUGACCACUCUUAGUAGCACA